AUGGCCUCGAGUAUCCGCCCUGUUGUGGCCAUUGCCGGAGCUACGGGUCAUUUGGGGCAGCAUGUCACCUCAGCCUUUCUUUCCCCUCUGUUCCGUGAUCAAUUCUCAGAGAUAAUCCUCUUAUCGCGAAAAGAGUCUUCGAAAUCUGCGAACGAAAAUAAAAAAUAUACCACACGAAAAUACGAUGACGCCAAUCUCAAAGACGCACUUCAAGGAGUCGACAUCCUCGUCGAUACAAUCGGACACUCAGGACACGCAUUCAAGGCGAAUCUCGCUCGUGCGCUUCCUCAUACAAACGUCCGUAUCUACUUCCCAUCUGAGUUUGGAGCAGAUCACUAUGUGCACGAUUUUUCGCACUCGGAGUGGGACCAGAAGAAGAAAAACCUAGCUUUAGCACAGGAGUUGAAUCCCAGCAUCAAGAUCUGCCGAGUAUUCUGUGGUCUCUUCCUAGAAGACAGCAUCGGCCCAUGGUUUGGAUUCAACACAAAGAAUGGGAAAUAUGAAAGUGUGGGAUCUUCUCAUUCACCGAUCUCAUUCACGGAUCUUGGCGAUGUUGGCAGGACAGUCGCUGCGCUGGCCGCUUUGCCGGAGACAAAAAUCCCAGAUACGGUUCAUAUAGCCGGAGACACACGCUCUUUUGUGGAAAUAGCAGAUAUCAUGCAAGCAGCUGGUGCUGGGCCUAUCCAAGUGGGGGAAAUUCCACUCCAGAAGUACAAGCAGGAGCAGACCUCGACAACUUCAUGGGAUCCUGCGAACUACCUGCGAUUCUUGAUGGGGGAGAAUAAACUCAAUCACACUUUCGAUGCAAUGGGAAACAAUAAUAGCUUGGUCAAUCCUGAAGACCAACGUUGGAAAUGGCGAACUUUGAACGACCUAGCGAAAGACACGAAGGGCCAGCCGUGGAGGGAUUUCGAAUGGCCUCCCAAAUGA